AUGUCCCGCCGAAAGGAGGGGCCCUUUGAUUCCAAAAACGCGAGCCAAAAGGUACUGGGUUCGGGGGCUAGCGGCAUUUCACUGGAUUCAGCCAUGUCAGAAGGCAUCAUGGCCAAUCUACAGUUCGCAUCCGUGUUGAUAGAGACGGCGUGGGGCAUGGAUUAUCUUGAUAAAAAGGGCGUCGGGGUGUCACGGUUGGAUGAAUGA